GGGUUUCAAGAUGGCUGCCGAAACACUAAAUGAUGAAUUGGAAUACGUAAAACUGUAUAGAAUUAGGCCUCUUUUACUUCAUUUUUACCUAGCACCUUUUAUACCCAUCUACUUGACAUGGCUUUACUUCUGGACGAUGGUAUAUGGCGUUACAGAUUAUUUUGAAGCGGGUCUUAUUGCUUUGGCAGCGAUCGGAAUAUUACAAAUUCUUUCCAUGUUGUUCUGUCACUGGUCUGUUCAUGUAAGAUGUCUCUUCACCUGCUCACCGGUAAGAAUACGUUUGGUUAAUGUACAUGCUCAGAUUUUUGGUCGUGAUGGCCAAAUUACGGAGAUUCAUAUGAACCAGAACUGUCGACAUGUUAGACCAGCGAGGGGGAUUUCUUUUAUUAAAUAAUUUUAUUUAAUGUAUUUAUUUAUAGUCAAGACGGUAUUGUCACGACAAUUUAUUACCUCUUUUUUGGAUGAAUAAAAUGAGAGGUUUUAAUUAAAAAUGAAUUCAAGUUCAAAAUUAUUUCAAACUAUUGUUGAUUUCAAAUACAUUAGUACCUCAGUCCACGUCGAAGAAGAAGACAUAUCAAUGUUAUGAAAAAUAAAAAAAAAGAUGCUACUACAACAAUUACUGAGGGAACAGCAUGGAGAGAAGAAUAAAAUGCAUAAAGAAGAACUGCUUUUUUCUCAUCCGUAGGAAAAUAGUCCAACUCUUGCCACAGUAAUUAAGGUUGUUCCAACAGCAAAUAAUGGCUCCCCAGAGCUGCUCAAUCUACACCAUGAACAAGUAAGUGCUCACUAAUGGCAGCCCAGGGCUGCUAGGAUCCUCAUUUCAAGUUUAGCUUAAAAUGGGGGAAUAAUUACUUAUUCAAAGAGGGUGCCCCCUAAAAAGAGUUAGUUAUUUAGUCCUCUUUGUGUGCCUAUGCAUAUAAGGUCUCAGCCAGAGAAUGCCACUAAUUUCUGUCAUUUACCAGUCUAUCAAGCUGCCCCCUUGUCUAGUAACUGUCCUGUCGAUGUCAGUCCUAAGGCCAGAUGUAAAAGAAGGAGGGUUGGUAUUGGGCCUGACAACCCUAUCCUGUAACCUGAGGUCACUAAAUUGAUGCCCUAUAGAGGGAAGAGCCAUUUUACAUAUUUUUCCGAGACUGAUCAUUUUUUUUUUCGUUUGCAUACAGCAUUUGUGAGUAAAAAGCAAUGUUAACUUUGAAUUGAAAUGCAAAGCUGAUAAGGCAUAGCUUUUACUUGUUAUCAUGUUUCCAUACUUAACUUAAAAUGCUUACAAACUAAAAUAAGUAUGAAAUGAAAUGAAUACCCUCUUGAAGGGUGAGGGUGAGAGCAUGCAGACCUACGAAAAGAGUUCUAAUUCACAAUCAGUGCUUGACAGGCUACUAUGUCUCAGUACCUUUUGGUAGAGUUUGGGAAGAGGGAAAUGAUUGUUUAUUGUAGAUUAUGGCUGCUGUAAAGUGCUUUUUUGAGGAAAGCACCAAUUGGAUGAUUUGCCAUACCUCACAGUCUUCCUCAACUUUUUAGAUAAUAUCUAAAGUUUAUUUGGUUUAAACAAGAUGCUACUUCAAUCAUCAAGCUGCAGGGUAUGAUGGGGAAAUUUAUUAACAAUUAUUCACUGAACAAUGGCAUGUAUUUGUAGUUAUGUAAAUAAAUAUCAACAUCUUACGUAACCGUUUAACUCCCACUUCAAAUUUCUAAUUUUCCUUACUGUCAACCAUACAAUUCUUAUAUUGUUAGUUCAGAGAAUUUAGCAUUGGAUCAACUAAUUAUCCCCAAGUUGAUAUUUUUCUUUAUUCUCAUUACUUAUCUGGUUGAUAUUGUAUUGAUAUUGUAAGGAGAAAUUCUGUGUGGGUCACUCAUGGGAGUUAAAGGGUUAAAUUGAUGCAAAAAAGAAAAAACAGGACUAAAGUUAUCAUGAUAGAGAACACAAGAAGACUGACUUUAGAUUAAUGAAGUUCAACUGCUUCAUUGAUAAAUGUUUCAUUUGUAUUUCUUAGGAUGGGGAGACACAAAAGGAAGUCAUAUAUUUUAAUUUCCAAAAGACAAAGUAUGUGUAUGAUAGUGAAGAAAAGAAACAGUUCUGUCAGGUAGCUUUUCCAGUCAAUGAAACUAUGGAUCAUUACAACAGUUGUAAAGGUUAUCAAGAGGAAGCAGAAGUUGAAAAAGGCAAGAAAAUAUACGGAUCAAAUGAGUAAGUUUUUUUUUGUUAGUUUGAGCAUUAUUCUUAGUAAAGAAAAGAAAAUGUUAUCUAAAACUUGAUUAUAGGAAGUUGUCGUGAUGUGAAUACUAUAAUUUUUGAGCUAUCAUAAAUGGCUAAAUUUUUUCUGGAUUUUCUUAGAAUUAAAAUGUUCCAGGUUGUCUACACAAAUCGUCACAUUUUUCUCAUAAACCAAAAUACCAUUUCAUCUUCUGACAGCUCCACCUGUUUGUUUCAGUUCAUGAAACAUAGGUUUAGAAAAUGUUGGAUUGACUUUUGAAAUUUUGGUUAUGAUUUUCAUCAAUAAAGGAUAGCUUUACCCUUCCUGUAAAUCCUGUAGCUGGGAUCUUUGAUUAUCAAAAAACACAGGAAAUAGAGGCAAUGCAACAAACCUCUUUUUGGCUGUUGUAUUUUAAAAUUGGUUCAGUGGUAAAAUGUUACACUUUGUUGUAAGUUAUGAGUAAACAAGGAAUGAUAAUAGCUUACAAUAUCAUAGUAGUUUGAAAAUGGUUGCAAGGGAUGUGGGAAACAAAAAUUCUCCCAGUAGUGAGGGUUUUUGUGACUUCCUCUCUUGAACUGUUUGAAUUUAUUUCUUUAUCUAUACUUGAUCAUCAAGUAGUUGCUGAAAUCAAAAUCUUCAGGGGUUAUGCCAUCUUUUCAUCCACAGUUUUUUAGUUUUGUAGAAUUUUCUAUAGAUUUUGUGAUUUCAAAAGAUUAUAAUUCACGGAAUAUUUAAAAAGUGUGCACAGUAUUCUACAAACUGAAAUAAUUUCUCUAACUUAUGUAUUUUUUUUUUGUUUUAUUAGGCUUCAGAUGGAUGUCCCAGAGUUCAGUGAAUUAUUCAAAGAAAGAGCUACAGCACCAUUCUUUGUGUUUCAAGUGUUUUGUGUUGGAUUGUGGUGUCUUGAUGAGUAUUGGUACUACAGCGUCUUCACUCUUUUCAUGUUGGUUGCUUUUGAAGCUACUCUUGUACAACAGGUAGGUGUUGCCUACAUGUAGCAAAUAUUGACCUCAAGGCAAUUCAGUUAUUGAUCAUUACUAUCAAGAUAAUGGCAGGAGAUCUCUUGCAUAUUACUUAUAUACCCUUAAUUGAGUAAAUAUUGAUUUUGUGGAAUUUUUACUCCUUGCAGGUUAUUAUGGCGGCCAAGUGCUGCAAUUUCUCUAUGUUUAUUUUUUCUCUUUGACCAGAGAUAUCGAGUGAUUUUUUUUUAAAUCAGUAAUAUUGUCACUUCACAUUGGGUGAUUACUGCAAGAUAUGAUACAGACUCUGACCAAGGAGAGUAUAUUAAUUCCUGGCUUCACAUAUUAACGUCAUCCACUUUUCAGCAAUUGAAAAAUAUGAAGGAAAUAAGAAACAUGGGAAGCAAACCAUACUUGAUACAGGUGAGAUUCUAAAACAGUUGAAAGCAAAACAAGAGGAAUUAUAUGCUUUUGAAACAUGUGUUUCUUUUAAUCAAUGAUUUGUUGUAAAAUGUUUAUUUUUUUUCUUAAAAAGUUAAUAAGCUGCUGCAAAAGUAUUUUCAAAUACCAAGGUCAUCAAGCAACUCAUUAUUGAGAGUUUUGGUGUAAAUGAAGAAAAUCUUGAGAACUAACUCAUCCAAACUUUCUCAGAAGACUUGAGAACAAGUUUUAAAUGUACUGGUCACAUGUAUCAAUUGUGUUAGUCAAUUGUCCAUAAAACUUGCAGGUAACUCAACUGUCCUGUAUCUAACACUGGUAUGGUAAUUAUUUGUUAAUGACAGGUAUACAGACACAGAAAAUGGAGACCCAUCUUGAGCUCAGAACUUCUUCCAGGAGAUAUUUGUUCUAUUGGUAAGCAAAGCUAUAAUGUUUUGGGAAGGUUCAAGAAGUUUACCUUUAGUUAAUUUUCAGUUCAUAAGAUUCUACUGUUCCAGUUUUCCUUUUACAGGUAGACCAAAGAACUCUGAUGUAUUGAUCCCAUGUGAUAUGGUGCUAUUGAGGGGCUCGUGUAUUGUGGAUGAAGCCAUGCUUACUGGGGAGUCUGUUCCUCAAAUGAAGGUACAGUGUACAUAACAGUACAUAUAGAGUACAAGAAUCAUUGUGGAUUUGAAAAAUAAACAGUACUUAAAAAUUGAACUACUCUAUAAGGUUAUGGACUAGCAUGUGUAUAUGUGUAGACUAGAUUGGACUGUUAAAUUAUGAUGUCAGUGAAACUGGAGUAAAAUCUAUUUUUUGUAAUAGUCAUUGUAAAGUGUUUUGCCUGAUUUUCCCCCACAUUUCCUUUUACUUGCUGAAUUUUGCAGAAGGUUUCUUCCCAAAGCAUAAUUCACUGUUUAGUUCAGAACAUGAGCCUCUUAUUGAAUUUCUCAUCACUUUUAGGAGCCAGUCAAGGAUCUGCCAGGUGAUGAAGUGUUUGAUUUGGAGCAACACAGUAAACUACAUUUGUUGUCAGGAGGGACAAAAGUUGUGCAGCAUUCUCCUCCACUCAAGACUUCUGCUGGGUUGAAAGGUAUUUCACAGUGAUUUGACAGCAACAUGGCUUGGGUAAUUUGACAUUUAUUUUACAUAAUCUACUGGUUAACAGAUCAGAGUUUUAAAAUAUUUUAAUAUUUAACAUUUUAAUUUAAUUUUUAAUAUUUUAAUAUCUUAAAAGAAUGCUUUAAGUCUGUUUUUUUGUAUAGAGCAAAUUUUCAUCUAACUCAAAGGAAAUUUCAACACAUUGGUUUGGUAAGAGAGAUAAGGGUCAAAAUGGAAAGAAAAAAGAACAAAAACAAAAAGGAUGGCCAAGGAUGGGGAAGAUUGACAUAGAAAACAACAAGAAAAUAGAACAAUCUUGGUACAGUUUUCCAAAGUUAACACACAGAAACUCAAUGUGACUAACUCACACAAAUCACACAAACCCACAAUUCCUCUAUGCACUUUGGUAAAGUGUUAUCACUUGAAAUAUCAGCUUGGGAAAAUCUUCAUGGUGGCCAAUUUACAUCAUCAACUCAGUUGAUUGAACCAAAUUAUCAAUGGGCACUUCAUGCAGUGUUACUGAUUUUAUUGACCCUGCAUAUGUAAAUUUACCUCCAUAGCUCCUGACAAUGGAUCUAUAGCCUAUGUUUUAAGAACAGGAUUCAAUACAUCUCAGGUGAGAUACUCUAGAAUGACCAUUGGCUAUGCAUUUUGCAACUGUCAUGACAUCAACCUCUUUUUAGUUUGGAUUCAGCACAGAUACAAAUACAGGUACAUAGCUGGCAAAACAUUAGCACAAGUUGAGCUUACCAAAAAAUAUUUGAAACAGUUUUCUUCUAUCACCGUUGAGGAAAACUGGUGUAACAGUGUUUUCAUAAGCCCACAAGUGUCAAGUAGAUUGUGGUGGUAAUAAUGUUGACUCCAGAUUUGUACCUCUUGAGCUAUUUUUUUGUUUUUGUUUUUGUUGUUGUUGUUGUUGUUGUUGUUGUUGUUGUUGUUGUGUGUAUUUGGAUCAAAUGCCUGUGUUGUUUAGUCUGUUGCUAAAUCAUGAAUCUCAGGGAAAUUUUCCCGUUAAGUGUAAUUGUUAUUUCAGCAGUUGAAUACCUGUCAACUUGUGGCAAAUUAAAUGUACUAGUAAUUUGUUUUAAAGUGGUAAUAAUUUUGAGGUUCUGAAAUGUGACUUUGUUGUGUAAUUAACAGGGAAAACUUCUACGGACUAUUUUAUUUGGUGUGAAGCGAGUCACAGCCAACAAUUUGGAGACAUUUCUCUUCAUCCUAUUUUUGUUGAUAUUUGCUGUUUCAGCUGCAGCUUAUGUCUGGGUCAAAGGUAAGCAGGCAGGACCAGUGUUAGGCCAUUUUUCUCCUGAAAUUUGUAACACUUAGACGAUUGAAAUGUCAAGAAGCCCUUUGAAAAAACUUUUCAGCUGAAAACUAAAAUCAUUUAAGCUUUAACUGCAUAAGGAAUUUCUACCAGCCCAAAGAGUAAGUACCUACAUGUAUUUUUUUUGUAUCUGAAGGUUUUACCUCAUGACAAAUUCACCCUUACCAGUUCACCUUCAUCACAACAAGUUCGCCUUAACUUUAACCAAAUCAUCCACAAGCCUCACUAAAUCUUUUUCUCCUUAUUUUAGGUACUACAUGUCAGAAUUGUUGAUAAUCUAAUUAUGACUUUGGAUAAAGUAACUUUGAAACUUAAAAAGCACAGGACAUGUUCAGCAGCGUUUUCAUGAUACAUUGUUAUUUAAGUGUUGCUUGAAGUUAAAUCAAUUAUUAAUUACUUCUUGUAACAAUUUGGUGACGUGUAACUUGUCUUGCAAUUGUGGCAAAAAGCAAGAAGAAGAAAAAAUUUCCUGUUGUGUUUGAGUCUUUCCAGAAUGUCUGUUAUUAGAUGGUGUUGUUUAAAUAGUAUCAAAGGAAACUUCAUAUGUACAUGUAUUUGUCUCAUGUGGAAAGGUCUCUUGGUGACAGAUGCUUUAUGAUUCCACAUAGUUAUUGACAUUAAUUCAUUUGUGUGUUAUUCAGGUACUGAGGAUCCCAAGAGAAAUCGCUAUAAGCUUUUCUUGGAGUGCACUCUUAUUUUAACAUCAGUGGUUCCACCAGAACUUCCGAUUGAAUUGUCUCUUGCUGUGAACUCAUCACUGAUGGCACUACAAAAACUUGGUAAGCAGAUUAAGGUCCUAAGAACACUACUUUGCUCCUUCUCUCCUCCUAAUGUUGUGGAUUUUUUUUUCUAUAGGUGUUUACUGUACUGAGCCGUUCAGAAUUCCUUUUGCUGGAAAGGUUGAUGUGUGCUGCUUUGACAAAACAGGAACUUUAACAAGUGAUAACCUGAUAGUGCAGGGAGUUGCAGGACUCAAGUAAGUUAGCACUAGUGUAAUAGUUGAUGUCUUCGAAAUUUCAGGAAUUCUCUGACUUUUAAAGGAGGCUAGCUCAGGCAAUGCACAACGGUUACAGGAUGUCAUGUUUUAGUGUCCUUUUAUGCACCCAAAAUUAUCGACAAAGCAAUGCGAUCUUGACAAAUGAAACCAAUUGAAAAUUUGAACUCCUCUUUGUAUUGAUCUCGCAGCUUCUUCUUCAGUUUUUUUCUUUUCAUUCGUUUACUUUUCGCUUCCUUGAACUCCUACUAUUCGCGAACUGCAGUUCAUUUCAGUGGCUUGCUCUGUAGACAGUUUCUUCAAAUUCAGAGGUGGGAUUGCUUUGUAAUUCAUUUACUUUCUUUAUUAUAGAGAUGAUGAUGAAGUGUGUACAGUUAGUGAUAUCCCUGAUGAUACAGCUUAUGUGUUGGCCUCGUGUCACUCGCUCGCUUUUCUAGAUGAUAGUUUAGUGGGUGAUCCUCUGGAAAAAGCUGUGUUACAAGCAGUAGAUUGGAGGUUAACGAGAGGUGAGGAUCAUCCGUUCUAAGUUGAGACCAUCACAUACGUACUCGUUUAAAAACAAAAAAGAAAGUAGGAAACAUAAGAGAGAGAAAACAAAGCUUCUUCUGUGCUUAAUUACGUUAAACCAGGCUUUUCCUUAUUCGUCAUAUUUGACAUGCGUACUUUUCAAAUGAUUGGUUUCAUGAAGAAUUUUACGCAUCUUCAGCCUUUUUCGUACAACUCGCCCGAAGGUUCGUGCUACUGCUCACCUGUUCCCUGAGUCAUUUCACGGCCAACGAACAAACGGAACAUUCUGAUCCACCCUACAGGGGCUAUGUGAGGACCAAUCCGUCAUCCAGCUGGUCCCUGUACGUCCUAUGUUUGGAUCAGUACUUACAAAACAGUCACCGCCUUUAAUUUCACUUAAUCAUUUAUAAUUAUUAUUGUUAUUAUUAUUAUUAUUAUUAUUAUUAUUAUUAUCAUCAUAAUCUUUAUCAUUAUCAUUAUUAUUAAGUAUUAUUUUUUUACACUCAGGCGACAUUGUCAUGCCAAACAAAGGUAGACGUGUCUCUAUGCGUAUCGUACACCGCCAUCAUUUCUCUAGCGCUCUGAAGAGAAUGUCAGCCAUUGUAUCUCUACAAAAUCCGGGCUCUUCUUCCAGUGAAUAUAUUGUCACAGUCAAAGGAGCUCCUGAAACUCUGAGACCGAUGGUAAGAGUUGGUAUGAAUGUUGUAAUUUAAGUGGCUAUCACAAUUUAGGUGGAAUUAUUUGGAAGACUUCAAGUGAUACAGUGCUUCUGAAGUGCUGCCUCCUCGUAUUUAAAUAGGAUCUUUCAUAAAUUUCUGGCUGGUUUUUGUGGGAGAUUUUUUGUUGUGUGUGUGUGUUGUCCAAGAACAGGACUUGAUUAAGCCACGAGUAAUGGGAUGUUAUCAGUGCGACGUCUUGUUCUCUGAAACUGUACUUGUUUUACGUCAUGCUGUGAUUCUGAUUGCAGUACAAGAACGUUCCGAGGAACUACGACGCCAUUUACCAUAGAAUAACCUGUCAAGGAGCUAGAGUUUUGGCGUUGGGCUUCAAAAAGAUAGGCGAAUUAGCAGCUAGGGAGGUAUGAAAAUUCCUACCAACUAAUAUUUCACUUUAUUGCGAUUGAUUUAAUAUCUAAUGUUGCUUUGUAAACUACCAAUGCUCAACUCAUGCCUGGAAGGAUAUAUGUAGGUCGCUUCUUUUCUGCUUUUUUCAAAACAUGAAGCUGUCCAAAAUCAUUUUCAAAAGGAAAUAAAGAAGUUUCUUGGGAAAACAAGGGUUACUGGCAAGAAGGAUGAUAGAAACUUAUGGGAAGCUUGCAAAACAGGUGUCCGACUGCUGUACCUGUCGUGUAGUCUUUUCUUCAACGUUGCAUAGUUAAUGUUACGAAAGUCCUUAUAGAUCGCUACUUAUUGUUAACUGUAUCUUUCCUCUCGACAGAUCCGUGAUAUGAAGCGUGAGGAGUGUGAAUGUGACUUACAGUUCGCGGGAUUCGUUGUGAUCGCGUGUCCAUUGAAGACCGACUCUAAGGCAGCCAUCAAACAGAUACAAGAAUCGUCACAUCAUGUAAGGAUCGAUGAUUGAAUCAGAAAGCAAAAGAAAAGUAAUAUUGUACUGUUAGACUUAAGUUUAGAGUUCACCAGUUUUUCCACAAAUGCAAGUAGCAGUGCCACGUUACUUCUUUGAGGGUUCAAUUGAGCUUUGUACUUCCUCAGUGCUUACAUUUAUUUUGUGAUUUUAUCUCUCUCUUUCUUAACCAGCUGACUAUGAUCACCGGAGACAAUCCGCUGACUGCAUGUCACGUGGCACGCGAGCUGCGGCUCACUAGGCGUGAAAUAGUGGUUCUGUCACCACCAGAGAGCUCAAAUAAUCAUGGUAUUGUCUACUGAGUUUCAUUUGCACUUGCUGAGGUCUAAACUAUGUUUCGUUCUCUGAUGACUAUCGUCUCCGUUUUUCUCUCGUCAUACAGUUGAAAGCGAGUGGCACUGGCAGCCAGUGGAUCGCUCUUUCAGUCUUCCCAUUAUUCCAUCAGGCGGUAUCAAAGAGUUGACGUCCAAAUUCGAUCUGUGUGUCACAGGCGAGGUAAUUUACUAUUGUGUACUUCCUUGUUGUGUUUUCUUCGACUUGAAUUUUAUGGGUCAUGUAACAGUUUUUGCUCAUUUAUUUUGCAGGCAUUUUCCUACUUACAAUCUACAGAAAAAUUAUCAAAGUUUUUUCACGCCAUUGUUCAGAAUAUACAAGUAUUUGCCCGAGUAGCUCCUAAACAAAAGGUAACAUAACAGUUCGAUGAACAGCAAAUUCUUCAGAAAGUAAUUACAUGUAUUUUGUUUCUUACUAACUGGCCUUUGGCUCCCCCAGGAACUGGUCAUAACCAAACUCAAGAGUAAAGGUUUUGUGACUUUAAUGUGUGGUGACGGAACCAAUGAUGUUGGAGCACUCAAGCAUGCGCAUUGUGGUAAGACAUCUGGUUGCUCACAUCUGAUGAACGAGCCUGUCGCAGGUUCUCUCAGCGAUGUGUAGCCAAUAAGUGUACACCUUCCAGAACCAUUGUGAAUCAAUACCCUGAUGAUUUUAGAGUGCAUUUAUUUCGAUUGAAAAUUACGAAUCAGAUCUCUAAGGUUAAAGGUUAAAUACAAUUUUCAGGUGUGGCCCUGCUCGCUGGAGCGCCCGAAAAACUACCAGAACACGGAAAGAAGAGUGCUCACAAAUCCAAAGAAGAAAAGCAAUCCACACCAGUAAGUGGACAAUUCCAAUUUUCUUCUUGGAAGUUUCUUGUCCUAUGCUCCUAGAUGCGUUGUUAGAAAACCGUUACGAGCUGUCAGACUGUCUCUGUAGUACUAACUGAGAUGAGUCGUCUAAACAAGUCGUUUAUGGAACAAGCAAUAACUAUUAUUUCUCUUCUUCAUUUCAGGCACAGUCAGACGAUAAAAGUAAAAACGAUUCCAUUAAGAUAGUUUCAAGAAGCCAUCUUCCCCCUGCACCUGUCAAAGGAGCUUCACGGGCAGCUAAGAUGCGUGCUGUGGCAAGGGGGGAUGACACAGCCUCCAAUUUGAAACAAGAGCAGCAGGUGAGAUGUCACAGGAUACUUCGAUAUCUUUCCUUGAUAACCUGUCCAUGCACAGGGAGGUAACCUUUUGAUAUGCUUAUGUCGAGUUAACGGAGAUUAGCAACACAGCUCGUCAAUUUUCGUAAUGGAGAUAAGAGUAAUAUGGUUUUAUCAACUGAGUUGAUGUUGUAAAUUGACCACCGUGAAGAGUUUCGAAAGCCUUUGCUGCAUUUUACCAGGGUUAUGAAGAUUUCACCUUUACGUUUUUUGCUUAUUGCACUGUAUUGUUCAUACUUCAUCAAUUAACAUGAUCAGCACGGUCUUUGGACUUAAGAUGAGUCAAAUGUUUUCAUAUAUCCAUUGUCAGAUAUCUAGUCUCUAGAAAUAUUUUGUCUUUGAGGAAAUCAUCAGUCGUUUUUCAAUGGUGGAAGCUAAAUUAGGCAUUGAACUUGGAAAACAUAAGACAAGCUUGCCUGAGCAUCUUUUCCCUUGUGCAUCAUUCCAUUGGUUUCUUAGUUCUAAUUGGCCUAUCUGGUCUCCACCAGUCAUCAUAGAAACCGCUCAUUUCUUGUUUUGUUGUUUCUAGAAACGAAUCCAGGAGAUGUUAAAGCAGAUCGACGAGGCGGAUCAACCUCAAGUUGUACGUUUGGGAGAUGCUUCAAUUGCGUCACCUUUCACCUCUAAACUAUCGUCUGUCAUGGCAGGUAAAUAGAAGAUCAAUUGGUCUGAUUCACUUUCUAAAACACUUGAGCAAUUUUUAUGUGAGUCUCAAGAGUAAUCAUGUGAUCGCGGCUUAUUGACCAAUCAGAUGACUCCUUUUGAUAUUUUCCCAUGUCCUGCUCAGCCAUUACAAACAGUUUCUUUUUUGCUUCAACGAGAAUUAACAGGAAUGGGCUCUAAUGGAGUUUGGGUGUUAAGCCAUCUUGCAUCGUGACUUAUUUUCUCCUAACGUCGCCUGUAACUCUGAUCACCAGCUUGUUAAUCCUUUACACCCUAGCAUCAGUGGGCAUAUUCUCCAAACUGUACCCUGUACAUUUCCUAAGGUGCUGACAAGGAGAAGUUGUUUAACGAUCAAGAACGCCUUUCGGUGGCGAUUAUUACCUUUAUUCUCGUCACUUUAUUUUGUAAUCGAGGGGAUAAAUUGUCAGGAGAAAUUAGAUGUCAGCCACUUACAGGGAUCAAAAGGGUUAACAUGCGUCUGAAUCACGACGAUGCGGUACUCUUUUUCUAAACUGCGCUCGCAAAUUGUUUGUAUCGUAUCAUCUCGUUCAUAAGUCCCGGUACAAAUAUAGAUGUUAAGGCAUGCCACAUACGCGGAGCACAUCACUAAGGGCAAAGAAGGUAGCAAGGAGGCGUUGAUCUCCAGCUGAUCACUAAUUGAUGUUUGUUUUUAGUUUGUCACAUCAUCAAACAAGGUCGAUGUACACUUGUCACCACUCUACAAAUGUUCAAGAUUCUUGCGUUAAACGCACUCGUGCUGGCCUAUAGUCAAAGUGUGUUGUAUUUAGAUGGAAUUAAGUUCAGUGAUGGGUAAGUUGGAACUAAGUUUUCUUCAUUUAACCCCUGUUCAAACCAAACGCAUCAAAACGGCUCAGUACUGCAGAGGAAUGGUUGCUACCAAAAUUUUCGAGAUCUCCAAAAUACCAGCUGUAACGAAGUUUCAAUGCUCCAUAUCAGCCUGCGCAGGUGACAAUGACCACUGACUAGACAAGCCUGCUAUGCUCGUGUCGGUUAAUUCUGUUAAAUUUUUUAACUUAAUAUACACUUCCAUACACUUAAGAUUCACUCCCAUCGAGUAUGAAUUAUUAGUGUCCGCUGAGGACCAGAGUUAGUAGUUGAUACUAACCCUGCUUAAGCGUCCCUAGGUCAUUCCUCGUUUACUUGUUCGAGGGGGGGGUUACCUCUAGUUAUGAUUUAAUAGUAUAAUCUUCGGUGUUGUGCCUCUCUUGCAGACAGGCAACGUUACAAGGCGUUCUAUUGGCUGGCUGCUUUCUAUUCAUUUCACGUUCUAAGGUGAGAAAAUAACAAAAAGCUCAUUCGUGGGGGUCGAGAGCUCGAUGCCACCAAAUAUGCACCAAUGAUGAUUUGACUUCCCACAAGACAGUUAUGUCGACUAGAUCUGGAUUAGUGCGGCUGUCAAGCGUUCCUUGAGAAACUCGCCUUACUACCUUUGCAUUUAAGUUCUAUUGCUCGUCCCUCCAAAAUUAAGAACGCUUGCCCUUCCCCGCCCAUUCUUGAUUAGCCCUUUGCCUGGCAAGAUCUGAUGCACAAUUCUCCUUCCGAGGCGCUUUACGUUUCCUCCUAGAUUUAUAAAGAAAAUUUUGUGUAAGAUCAAGGUAGCACUCUGUCCUGGAUAGCGUAUUUUUGGGUCUUUUAGAGUAUAAAUGAAACACGCCUGGGUUAGUAGGUCAAGCUAACAUCCUUUGCAGUCUUCCCCAGAAAGAUAAGUUUAUCGGGAAGCUGAUGUAGGGAUGUGGGUUUUGUUUUGGUAACAUAAUAUAUAUAAAAGGGUAAAAGGGUGGUUGGCUUCCGAUCUCCUCUUUGUAUGAGUUAGUACGAGUGAACUUUUGUCGUCAGUGGUGUGACAAAUGCUGAAGUGUGUAGAGAGCAAAGUUAUCAGGUACCCAUCUCGAUGGGUGAAAACUUAUUAUAAAAUUUGAUGACAAUUACAACGUAAUUAAAGGCCACUUUCUUGCCUGUUGCAUGAAGACCUUUAGAUUUUUUGUGAAACCACUUUAUUCAUGGCUCUUUUGGUGUCUCUUUCAGCCUCUGUCGAUUCUUUCUAAACGUCGUCCUCUUCCAAACAUAUUUAAUAUGUAUACCAUAAUAACGGUACUAAGUCAGUUUGCUGUUCACUUCUGGGCUCUCAUAUUUAUGGUACAACAAGCAAAGCGUCUCACCCCGACCAUGUGAGUAAUUGCAUCGUCUUACUGUACACUUUAAAUGAAAAAUUAGAGCUGAAAUGGCAAAGUGUUUUGCUCCUAAGCGUCAAGUUGGUAGGUUGAUGAAAGCUGUGAGAUGCACGGUUAACAACAAAUAAAUGAAUCAGUGCCAUAGCUCAAAAUGGCUCCCCCUCAGACCUUAUGCAAUAAAAUUCGAAUUUGGCCAAGGAUGGCUGAUAUUACGAGUAUAUGUAGAUUUGACUUUAGAUAAGUCAACCAAUUUAGUUCAUCAAUUUAGUGUGAUCAUCAUCAUGUUUUCCGUCUUUUGCGCUGUUUGCCAAUUUGACCGCCCUUUGUUCUGUGAUUGGUCGACAAAGAUAGCACCACCUUCUCAACCAAUCGAAUAAACUGAAAACGAAACCCAAAUGCAACCUAGUGUGGUGAAUGCCAAUUUUCCCGCCCUUGAGGCGGUCGUGACUUGUUGACUUUCAGUUCUCAUUGUUUCCAUAUGAUAUUUCCCUUUUUAUGAUUGGCAUUUUGGCAACCAUCGUUUAUUUUUAACGAGGCUCAAUGGGAAAGUGGUUCCGUGGUAACUAUCAGUUAAUCAUGGUACUUUCCCCUCAUUCUUUCAUUUUAAGCCGAGAUCUUUGUCUCCGGGUGUAACAUUUUUGCGUAUGCUUUGCAGGAACUCACAGCAUGUUGACUUAGAAGCAAAGUUUCAGCCGACUAUCGUAAACAGUACAGUGUACAUCGUCUCAAUUGCUAUGCAACUGGCCACGUUCGCUAUCAACUAUAAGGUACAGUCGCAAAGACAGACAAUAAAGCACUUUCCCUGAGUCAUGCUAGUUUGGUUUUCACUUGGUUAGCUCUGAACACGUUGGGAUGAUCUUGUCAAACCAGCGCACAUACUUGAAAUAUGAUUAUGUACUUACUGACGGAGUGGGAGGGGUUGAGGAGAAAAUGUUUUAUACGAGGUCACGACGUACGGAUCAAGCGCAGCAAGGCUCGUGCGUCAUGAUCGAGAGCUACAUAUUUACCCGUCCAGUCAAACCAAACUGUCAAUAAGUACUCAUUUAUAUGACUUAUAAGUUUUUUAAAACCAAAACUAAAAAUUCUGUUUAAAUCUAAAGAGGAUACAAUUAGUAUAGGAAACAACAUGACUUCAGGUAUAAUUUGGUGUUAAUAAGCACGAGUAACUGUUUUAAAGACUACAAAAUUGCACGAGCCCGUGUUGAUUAUUUACAUGAAAAACGCAAUAAAGAAAGUCAAGACGGACGAAGUUUUGGCAGCGCGCGCGCUACUUGUAAUUUACACUCGUGUUACAUGAAAUUGCACUCGUUUUAAGCCAAUCAGACUCGCUGACUUUUUGAUGUAUAUUAAUACAUACUUAAGAAGAGCGCGCACUAGACACUUUACAAUAAAAAAGAAAAAACUUUUUCAUGAUUUCUUCUAGUCAGAGUAAUGAUUUCGUAAUUCAUCUAAAAAACGCGACUUUUUUUCUAGUGCCCCUUUUCUUUUAAGUUAGAAUAGAAUCCACGGAAAUGUAACGGGGCCGCGUGAGUGUGGCUUAUUACCGACUCUUGUCAACCCUUCCGGCUCUUAACACGUCAGCUUUCAUCAUGGCUUUUUACAGGACUGCAUGGUCAGGGCUCUACAAGUUACAUAAUAAUUAAGUGUAAUCCUUGAGUAUUUCAAUUUUAAAAAUUUGCGCUGCGUUGCGCAGUUUUCCUUGUUGAAGAUUUUCUUUGAUCUCUUGCUGUUGUGUUCCUUCGCUUACAUGAAACAUCAAAUCUUUGAAAUGGGGCGUACGCGUGAUUACUAUUGCUCAAUCUCACAUAAAUCAUCUCUGAUUGGUGAUAAUGCAGUUCGUUAUACGACAGAUGUUUGUCAAGCAUCAAUGUUAAGUGUUUCGAAUGCAUUUUACAGGGUCACCCAUUUAUGGAGAGCCUGCUGGAAAAUAAGGCCUUGCUGUACAGUCUGUUAGCCUCUGGUGGAUUCAUCGUGUGUAUGAUCACGGGAUCUGUCCCCGAAAUAAAUCAGCAGUUUGAAAUCGUGUCCUUCCCUCCUAAGGUAAACGUCAGUUUAAUGUACCACACAUAGUACUGGUUGUACUACUAUACUUUUGUGAGAAACCUUGAUGUACUGUUGCUGUUUGUUUUCUUCCUUUUGUUUCAAAGUAUAUUACUUUUUCAAGAUUUAGUAUAAAUUCGUGCAACUCGAUACUAGAACUUGUGGCUGUUUUAUUUUUGUUUUUUUAACUUUCACUUAGGGAAUCCUCGCUUCCGUUUCACCUUGCGGGCGAGGGUAUGGCUACACAUAUUCUACCUGAAAUGAAAAUAAACUUAAUUGUAACUGAAACAAAGGGUUUUCAUUGGGGAUUUAUCCUCUUGUUCUCACCUAUCUCGUUUUAGUUCCGUGAAACAUUCAUGCAUGUCCUGCUAGCGGAUUUCGUGGCAGUGUUCGUCCUGGACAGAAUAUUAAACUAUUUGCUCGGUAGUGCAAAGCUUCGGCAGCAUUGA